CGUGUUUAACUUUGAAACCAUCCCGGAACUCUUUCCGUGCCGGAAUGACGUCACGAGUAGAGCCAGCGCUCUUUCCGUAUCACGUGUUGUGUCCUCACGCUGGAAGCAGCAUGGCGGCCAAAAACAAGAAGAAAGCCAUGAGUUUCCACAAGACUCUCGUCCACCAGGACCAUGACUCGCUAGAGGCCGGAGAAGAAGAAGAAGAAGAAGCAGCAGCAGCAGAAGAAGAAGAAGAGGAAGAGAGGGCGUCUGCGGACGCAGAAAACGACGAGGAAGAGCUCAGUCUGGAGGAGGUGCUGCGGCUCGGAGGGACUCGGGCGGACUUCGUGCUGCUGGCUGGUCUAGACGACUCUGCCGAGCUGGAGGAUGGAGGGAAGAAAGGGGCCAUCGACGACCUGCAGGCUGGAGAGCUGGAGCAAUUCAUCAGCAAGCUGGGCAUCCGGGCACUGUCGGGCCAGCAGCCGGGUCCAGUCGAUCAGCGGGCCCGGGCCCGGGCCCAGCCCGUCGCCCCGGACACCACAGCCGCCAGCGUGAAGAAGAGCCAGAAGGAGAAGAGCCAGGAGAAGACGGAGAGCGGCGGCAGGAGCGGGUCCAAACAGAAGCUGUUUGAGUUCCAGCAGAGACAAGUCCUGUUGGUGCGGCCCGGCGGAAAGUGGUUCCACCUGGAGUACACAGACGAGGUGGCAUCCACGCAGCAGGAUCCAGCACUGGUGAGCCAGUACCAGACUCUGGCCCGCCAGCUCUACCAGCAUGAGGUGGACCUGUACAAGACCCAGAAGAACCUGCAGAAGGGGGCCAACUCGGCCUGGAUGAAGACGGUGGUCUCCUCCGGCGUCCUGGCCGACCGCAUGGCAGCCAUGACCCUGCUGAUCCAGGACGCCCCGGUGCACAUGCUGGAGCACGUGGAGCAGCUGGUGUCCAUGGUGCAGAAGAAGGGCAGCCGCCGCAUGGGCCUGAUGGCGCUGGACACGCUGCGGGAGCUACUGCUGAGCGACCUGCUGCCCGAGAGCCGCAAGCUGCAGCCCUUCGCCUGCCGCCCCCUGGACCAGCUGGAGCAGCGCACCAGCGGCAACCGCCAGGCCCGCGACCGCCGCCUGCUGCUCUGGUACUUUGAGCAGCAGCUGAAGCAGCUGGUGGCCCAGUUUGUGGUGGCCCUGGACGCCGUCGCCCACGACACGGUGGAGGCUACCAAGACCCGCGCGCUGACCACAGCACACCAGCUGCUGAGUCAGCGGCCCGAACAGGAGCGGGCGCUGCUGGUGCAGAUGGUCAACAAGCUGGGCGACCCCGAGUACAAGACGGCGGCCAAGGCCUCCCACCUGCUGGAGGCGCUGCUGCACCAGCACCCCAACAUGCGGGCUGUGGUCUGCUGCGAGGUGGAGCGCCUCAUGUUCCGGCCCAACGUGGGUGCCAAGGCCCAGUACUACGCCGUCUGCUUCCUCAGCCAGGUGCGGCUCAGCCACCAGGAGGCGCCGCUUGCCGCCAAGCUCAUCGCCGUCUACUUCUCCUUCUUCCACGCCUGCAUCAAGAGGAAGGAGGUAGAGUCCAAGAUGCUGAGCGCGCUGCUGUCGGGCGUCAACCGGGCGUAUCCCUACGCCAGCGCCGGCGACCAGAAGGUCGGCGAGCAGCUGGACACGCUCUUCAAGGUGCUCCACCUGGUGCGCUUCAACACGGCCGUGCAGGCGCUCAUGCUGCUCUUCCAGGUCAUGGACUCGCAGCAGAGCGUGUCGGACCGCUACUACGUGGCGCUCUACAGGAAGCUGCUGGACCCGGGCCUGGCCUCGUCCGGGCGGCAGGGAAUGUUCCUGAACCUCCUGUACAAGUCACUCAAGUCGGACAUCGUGCUGCGCCGCGUCAAGGCCUUCAUCAAGCGCCUGCUGCAGGUCAGCGCCCAGCAGAGUGCCAGCUUCGCCUGCGGCGCCCUCUUCCUGCUUUCAGAGGUCAUGAAGGCCAAGCCGGGCCUGAAGGUGCUGCUGCAGGAGGCUGAGAAUGGAGACGAGGAGGAGGAGGAGUUCAGAGAUCUGCCUGAGGAAGAAGAGGAGAAGGAGGAGGGUGAGCAGCGCCUGGUGGACGCCGACAAGUCCCGAGAGUUCACAGCCAAACCCGCUGCAUCCUGGGUCCAUCACCAGAACCUGGAGGGUGGGCAGAAGCAGAACCAGAGCUACGACCCGCUCCACAGGAACCCCCUGUUCUGCGGUGCUGACCGGAGCACGCUGUGGGAACUCCAGCGGCUGGCGCUGCACUUCCACCCCUCGGUGGCGCUGUUCGCUCGGACGCUACUGCAGGGUGAGUCCAUCCGGUACUCGGGCGACCCGCUGCAGGACUUCACUCUGAUCCGCUUUCUGGACCGCUUUGUGUUCCGGAACCCCAAACAGCAGAAAGGCAAACGAAACACGGACGCCGUGGCCUCUCGACCCAAACACAAGUCGGCCAGCGGGUCCCUUCCGGUGAACAGCGAUGAGUUCCUCUCCAAGGACGAGAGUCAGGUUCCCGUCGAUGAGGUCUUCUUCUACCGCUUCUUCAAGAAGCGCCAGCAGGAGAAGCGAGUGCGGCGGCGAGCAGACAGCGACGGCGAGAGCGUGGACGACGUGGAUGACGAGGAGUUUGAAAGAAUCUUGGACUCGUGCGAGGGCGACUCGUAUUUCCCCGACAUGAAGGACGACGACUUGGACUUCGCCAGUCACGUGAAGAGCAACAGACCAAAGGCAGCGGCGGCUGGUUCUGACGACUCAGAGGCGUCGGACUUGGAUGACCUGGACGACGAGGAAGUGUCUUUGGGCAGCAUGGACGAGGACUUCGGCGAUGAGCUGGACGAAGACGGCGGGACCUUCAUGGACGCUGACGGCGGGAGCGACGGGGAGGAAGUUCCGGAGCUGGACGAUGACGACGUGUUUGGCGCAGAGUCGGCUUCACCUACAAACACGAAGACAGCGGUCGAGAGGAAGAGGUCAGCGCGUGCUGCCUCCGCAACACGGUCGACGGACAGGAAGAAGAAGAAGGAGGAGAGCGCCAUGUUUGCUGCCGCUGAGGAGUUUGGCGAGUUGCUGGACGAGAACAGUGGCUCCAAGCUGGACAGCAUGGGACUGAACGCCAUGGCGAACCCCGACAAAGCAGGUGUGAAGCAGCUCCGGUGGGAGUCCCAGCGCGACGACUGGAUCCACGGCCGCGAUGCCAAGACGCUGCGGCGGAGGAAGGCCAUGUUCAGCAGGAAGAGGUCGUGGCGCAUGGGAGCCAAGGCCGUCACCGCGAGCAAGAGGAGGAGGAAGUAGUGCCAGCCCACGACUGCUGGUCCCGCUCGCGGCUCCCGGACACGCCGGCCCACUCGUUGGAGCGGUAGUAAACUGCAGAGAGAGAGAGAGACUGGGUAGUGCCAGGUGGAGCAUGUGACUGAGCUGUGUUGAGGAAAUAAAGGUGUGGAUCUCCUGAGGCUCGCUGCCGCCCCCUGCCUGUCAUUCACCAACAGUAGCGAAGAACAGAUGAACUGAUGAUGAACCCCGGUCUGG